CCCAGUUUCAGAACCUUUAUCAUUUCAUUCAUCUUGCUACACGAGAAAAGCACAAAAUGGAAGGGCAUCUGAACACACAAGAGUUUUGUUGUCCAAUCUGUCUGGAUUUGCUGGAAGGUCCUGUGGCAAUUCCAUGUGGGCACUGCUACUGCAUGGACUGUAUUAACAACUACUGGCACAAAGACGAUCAGCUAAACAUCUUUGACUGUCCACAGUGCAGACAGACGUUUAGUCCCAGACCUGUCUUAAAGACAAAUGGCAUACUGGCAGAGAUGAUGGAGAAGCUAAAGAAACCGGAGCUUCCAGAGGAUUCUCACAUUUACAGCAACUGGAUUCCUGGGGAUGUAACAUGUGAUUUCUGCAUAAGAAGAAAGCUAAAAGCAGUGAAGACUUGUUUGGUAUGUUUGGCGUCUUACUGUCAAAAUCACAUUCAGUCGCACUACAGCUCUCCUGUCCUAAAGAAACACAAACUGAUCGAAGCCUCCGUAAACUUACAGGAGAAGAUCUGUCCUCACCAUGACAAAUAUUUGGAAAUGUAUUGUUGGACCGAUCAACAGUGCAUUUGUCCUAUGUGUGUGAUGGAUGAGCACAAAGGUCACGAUACAGUUUCAGCAGAUGUUGAGAGCGCAAAGAAACAGAGAGAGGUAGGGAUGACGCGACAAAAAUACAAGCUCAAAAUCCACACUAAAGAGAAAGAACUGCUGGAGCUUCAACAGGCUGUGGACUCCUUCAAAAGCUCUGCGCAGUCUGCAAUGGAGAAUGGUGAGCAGAUCUUCAGUGAGUUGAUGCAAUCGAUUGAGAGGAGGUGGAGUAAAUUCAGAGAUCUGAUCAGAGAUCAGGAGAGAGCGGCAGAGAGCAUGCUGCAGACUCUGGAGCAGGAAAUCACUGAACUCAAGCAGAAAGAACAUGAGCUGGAGCUGCUUCUCCAGUCUAAAGAUCAGGUCCAUGUUCUUCAGAACUGUUAUUCCUUUUCUACUUUUGUACUUCCUGAUCCACCUUUCACAAUAGCCAAACUCUCGGACUUUGGGAAGACGAACGAUGCGAUAUCUGCUCUCAGAAUGAAGCUUGAAGAUCUCUUUAAAGGGGAAUGGCUCAGAAUCUAUCAAGCUGCCCGAUCAAUGAAGAUCCUCCACUGCACAGUGCCCAAAAUUAGAUCAGAGUUCCUGUACCAUUCCUGUCUACUGCAACUAAAUCCAUCAACAUCCCACAAGGACCUGAGUUUGUCUAAGGAGAACAGAGAAGUGACGGUGCAGAGCAGGGUGCAAUCCUGCCCGGACCACCCUGAGCGCUUCGAUUACUGGUGCCAGGUGCUAUGCACAGAAGGCCUGACAGGCUGCAGCUAUUGGGAGGUGGAGUGGAGAGGGAUGGGUGUAAACAUUGCCGUCGCGUACAAAAACAUUGCCAGGAAAGGGGAUAGCAGUAAAGCUCACUUCGGCUACAACGAUAAAUCCUGGAGUUUGUUUUGCUAUAGGAAAGGCUACGCUUUCUGGCACAAUGGGAUCGUCAGUAAGAUCUCUCAGCCCGGUUCGUCGAAUAUAGGCGUGUAUCUAGAUCACAGGGCGGGGAUGCUGGCCUUUUACAGCGUGGGUGACACCAUGAGCCUGCUCCAUAGAGUUCAGACCACCUUUACACAACCUCUCUAUCCUGGUUUUGAGUUUUCAUGUUAUGGAGCUUCAAUCAAGUUUUGUCAGUUGGAGUGAAAAUGAAGGGGUAUUUGGUUUUGUACAUUAAAAGCAAGACAAUUUAAACACGUAAGGCAUAAAAUAACAUUUUCUUCAUAAAGACGUUUUUAGCAGUAACAACAUAAACAAACGGCUUUCGUGGAACAAACUUAAAUUUCGAUAAACUUCCACAAAGAAAUUAAAUAAACUAUCUAAAUAAAUAAGUACAUUACUUUGUUCAAAUCAUAGCUAAAGCAUUGAUCAGCACGGCAUGUUCAAAUAUGGCGGCAUGUCGAUAACGCAAAAUCUCAUUGGUUCUCGCAUGUCUCAUUCUGUAGCCUGUGUUUUGUCACGAGAUAAUGACGGCGGGGAUGAAAGUAGUGCUUGGAAAAGAUUA